UGGCUUUUCACUGCCCUCCCGGAGGGGGCGGGGCUUGAGACGGGCCUGCCAGCUUUCCCGCCAUUGUGUCUGACUCGCCUCCCAUCUCUGCCUGCCUGCCCUUGUGCUGAGUGAGUGCGUCUGCGGCCUGGUGUAGUGGACAUGAGGGUUCUAUGGAGCCACCCCCGGUGUGAUGAGAAUUUGGAAUUUGGAAACUAAAGUACAGUAAGGAAACCAGUCCUUACUGGAAUUUGGAAACUAAAGUACAGUAAGGAAACCAGUCCUAUAGGAAGGAAAUUCUCUCAAGGUGCUGAUCUUACUGAAUUGUUAAGCUCUAGAUCAGAAAGGAAAAACAAGAGUAAAGUGUCCAUAUUACAAUUAUAUGUACAUAAUUCUGUCGACAUGAAGGAAAAAGCAUAUAAAUGUACUGAGUGUGGCAAGAACUUUGGUCAGCUUGGAAAUCUGAAGAGACAUCAAAGGACCCACACUGGGGAGAAACCCUAUAAAUGCCUGGAGUGUGGAAAGAGCUUCACUGAUGGUGGAAAUCUACGUUCACAUCAGACAACUCACACUGGGGAGAAGUCCUAUAAAUGCUUGGAGUGUGGACAGAGCUUUGCUCGUAAUGGACAUCUACGUUCACAUCAAAGGACUCACACUGGGGAGAAACCCUAUAAAUGCCUGGAGUGUGGACAGAGCUUUGCUCGGAAGGCACAUCUACAGUUACAUCAAAGAACUCACACUGGGGAGAAACCCUAUAAAUGCCUGGAAUGUGGAAUGAGCUUCAGUCAUAAUGUAGGUCUAUAUUCACAUCAAAGGACUCACACUGGUGAGAAACCCUUUAAAUGCUUGGAGUGUGGAAUGAGCUUCACUGAGGGUGGCAGUCUCCAUAGACAUCAAAGGACUCACACUGGAGAGAAACCCUAUAAAUGCCUAGAGUGCGGAAUGAGCUUUUCUCGGAGUGGACUUCUACUUUCGCAUCAAAGGACUCACACUGGGGAGAAACCCUAUAAAUGCCUGGAAUGUGGGCAGAGCUUUACUCAAAGCAGAAAUCUUCGUUCACAUCAAAGGAUUCACACUGGGGAAAAACCCUAUAAAUGCAUGGAAUGUGGAAAGAGCUUCAUUCACAGUGCAAGCCUAUGUUCACAUCGAUGGACUCACGCUGGGGAGAAACCCUAUAAAUGCAUGGAGUGUGGACAGAGCUUCAGUGAGAGUGGAAGUCUACAUAAACAUCGAUGGGCUCACACUGGGGAGAAACCCUAUAAAUGUCUGGUGUGUGGUAAUAGCUUCACACGGAGUGGCAGUCUCCAUAGACAUCAAAGGACUCACACUGGAGAGAAACCCUAUAAGUGCAUGGAGUGUGGACAGAGCUUCAGUGAGAGUGGAAGUCUACAGAAACAUCAAAGCACUCACACUGGGGAGAAACCCUAUAAAUGCAUGGUGUGUGGAAAUAGCUUCACACGGAGUGGCAGUCUACAUAGACAUAAUAGAAUCCAUACUUGAGACAAUGAUGAUAAUUGACACCAGAGUAUCUUUCUUACAUGUACAAAAGCAACUCUUGUACAUGUUGGAAGUGCAAGAACAAAGUUGGGACAUUUUAUCAUAUGUGAUGUAUUGUAGAAAGAUUGAACUAAAAUACACUCCAUCCUGGAAGUAAUUAAGGUUAAAUGAAACCAUAAUUUUAUUUGUUGGGAAUCCUGGAUGAUCAAGUAGAAAGAAAACAUGAAUAGUUACUGCAGUACAUAACUACAAUAAGAUAAGAAUUGACUAUGUGCAGAGAUGGAAGGAACGUCUUAUUCCAACAUAAAAAGAAUGGCUUAUGAAGUUCUGCAAAUUAGCCAAAAUGAACAAACUGACAACAAUAUGGGCAAAUGUCAGUUGUAAUAUUUAUUAAUUGGAAGAGUGUUUUCAAAAGUAGAGGUGUGAUUAUGUAACAUUUAAAGGAAGUAGCAUAAUAAGGGAUAAAAAUUAACAGAAUGAGGCUA